CGCCCCGCUGCGCUCCGCUUUCCCCUCCCUCCGCGCCCGCCCUCCCCCUUUUUCGUGCCUUGAGGUUGCGGGUCAGCGCGAGCCACUGCAGUGAGUCCGUCACGGCUCCGGCGCGAGCGCGACGCUGCAGCCCCCGAGCCGCCGGCUUCCUUUCCCCCCCCUCCCCGCUGUCUCUCUCUCUCUCUCUCCCGUAGCUCUCGCGUCCGUCCCUCCCCCCUUGUCGCCGUCUCUCCUCCUGCCGCUCUCGGUGUCUCCGGAUCUCGACCUUAAUUUUUAUUUUUUUUGGUUUUAGUUAUUUUUCUUCCCCCCCUCCCCACCUUUUCUCCCACCCUGUCGGCUCCCGAGUGCCCCGUCACCCGGCUGGCGCGGGCCCCCAGCCCGGACCCCCUCCCCCGCGGGCUUCCCGAGGGCCGCAGCCGCCCCAGCCGAGCGCCGCUGGGCCGCCGCCGCUGCCGCUUCCUGCGGGAGAGCCCGUCUGAGCGCCGACACACUUCUCCGCGCCCGCCGGCCGCCGACCGCCCAGCAAAAUGGGAAAUGAGGCAAGUUAUCCUUUGGAAAUGUGCUCGCACUUUGAUGCUGAUGAAAUUAAAAGGCUAGGAAAAAGAUUUAAGAAACUUGAUUUGGACAACUCUGGUUCUUUGAGCGUGGAAGAGUUCAUGUCUUUGCCCGAGUUACAACAGAAUCCUUUAGUACAGCGAGUAAUAGAUAUAUUCGACACAGAUGGGAAUGGAGAGGUAGACUUUAAAGAAUUCAUUGAAGGAGUUUCUCAGUUCAGUGUCAAAGGGGACAAGGAACAGAAGUUGAGGUUUGCUUUCCGAAUCUAUGACAUGGAUAAAGAUGGCUAUAUUUCCAAUGGGGAACUCUUCCAGGUGCUGAAGAUGAUGGUGGGGAACAAUCUGAAAGAUACACAAUUACAGCAAAUCGUAGACAAAACCAUAAUAAAUGCAGAUAAGGAUGGAGAUGGAAGAAUAUCCUUUGAAGAAUUCUGUGCUGUUGUAGGUGGCCUAGAUAUCCACAAAAAGAUGGUGGUAGAUGUGUGACUCUUUUUAAAGAGCAUCACCCAACACUUUUGCUUUCUUCUCCAUCUCUGAAGAUCUGCUCAAGACGUCCAGCAAUGCUCUCUGUGUAUUUAAAUGGAAGUAUUUUUCUCUGUGAAGCCACAUUUUCCAACAUGAGCCUCAUGAAGCCAACUAAGUGUUAUUGAACUCUUAUUCUCUCAAUAACUCAGUGUAGCACUUUAAAGUCUGAAGGACAGCAGCAUGAAAAGAGCAUAUCAAUGUGGGAAGAAAGGGAAGGGGUUGGCUUUUUAAUUUAUUUUUCUUCAUCUUUUAUAACAAGAAAGUAUCUAUAUAUACAUAUGUAAAUAUUUAUAUAUAGAUAUAUGUAGCUUUCUAUAUGUGUAGUAGGUUGGCUUUAAUUUAAUAUACUUGAUUCAGAAACAAAAUGAUAGAGUACAAAAGUGCCAAGCAGAACAUAAAACAUCCUUACUUUUAUUUCACACAGUUUUUAUAAAUAGCUAGAAGAUUGUACAAUUUGAGCCGGGUGUUAGGCCAGCUAUUUCCCUUCUCCUGUGCUUUCUCCUUUGAGAGAUUGACAAAGCAUUUGUUAAUGUCUUCUUAUUUACCUUAAUUACAUUUUUGUAACAAGUUUGUAAUUUUAUUUAUACCUAUGAAUAUAUUUCCAGGGACUAAGUCUCAUUGCUAAGCAGCUUUUAGUACUCUCUGCCUGAGGAGAAAGUAUAGUUCAGUGCUACUGCCAAGAGCUUGUUCUUGUGUUCAUACAGUGACUGCAAAAUUUAUGGCUGCUUCCUUCUGCUACUUCAUAACUAGGAGAUACCACAUUCAUUAAAUGUCCCUGAGUAAAUGCAAGCUAUCAGUUGUGAUGUUAUGAAGGUCAGAAGCUGAGGCAAUCAUGAUUUAUCUUAGACAUUAAUGAAUACAUGAAAUAAUCAUGUAAUUGCUUAAAUUAUCCAUUUGUUUGAUUACGUGGGUAAAUAAUGUCAUUAAACUUUUUUUUAAAUGUUUGAACCAUGAAUUUCCCUUCUGUGUUUCAGAAGAUCUGCAGCUAACCUAAAAAAAUUGGUGGUAGUUAAUGUGCAUGUAUGUAUCUAAACAUCCACACACAUUUGUGAUUUAAAUCAAAGAAAUCUUACUAAUUUAUAUGCCACAGAAGAGCAAGUUUUUACCUCUUAAAUUCCUUUACCACAAGGCAUAGAGUGCAUGAUGGUUUUCUUGAUUUGCCCAUAUUUAUAAUGGAUGAUAACAAUAAAUUUGUGUGAUAUAAAAGUAGUGUAUCAUGUUCCAUCACUUGAGAUUUUCCCUUCCUUUUUCUGCAAAGGUACUACUGUUGGCUGGAAGAAACAUUUUGGUUAGCUUUUUAGGACAGUGGUCUUUCCCUAUAUAGUUUUUGUAUAAAAACUGGUUUUAUAAUCAUGAGUGGAAAGGGGCAGGUUGAAUCAUGGUGAAUCUUAAAAUUGGGCGUCUUCCUGCCUUUGCUGUUCCUUCAACUGAGUGCUGCACAUCAUGGGCUCUGUCUGUGAGAGAAAAAUCCCGGUGCUUGGUGUCCUUGCAUGACAUGGAGUUUUGCAUGUAGAUCGAUUUAAAAUGUACCUCUUGUUUACAUAAUUUGCAUAAUUUUAAAAGAUAAUGUUGCCAAACUUUGGAAAUGUUAAUGUUCAAACUGAAAAUCUCCACUACAUGUAACUUUCUUCCUCUGGAUCAGUACGUGGCUUCUUAUCCCAGCCAGCGAUUUGAUCUGUUCCAGUGUCAACUGCCAUGUGCUCUGCUUCAAGGGGGAACUAGUCUUUUGUGAAUUUUUUGUACAUAAGUAUUUGUUACAAAAUAUUUUAGCAAAUGCUUUCUAUUUCUCUUGCUUGUGCAUAUCUUGGCUGGCGUUAUAAAAGAAAAAAAAAAUAGUGCAAACAUUAUUUCCUUACUGGGGAAUGAGGGUCUUACCUUUUCUUUUUUUUUUUUCUUUUUUUUUUUUAAAGUGUGUGGGUGGGUGGGGGUGGGGUG